CUUUUUUCAACCACUACAUCUUGCUCUGAACCUACGAUCUGGCCUCGAACGACUUCCUACGGAUACGCGACGAAACCCAACUCUCGUUUAGUACCCUAAAAUUCGCGAACCUCACACCCACAAUGGCCAAAGACAAGGAGACUAAGGAAGAGCGCAAGGCCCGCAAGGCCGAGAAGAAGGCCAUCAAAGAAGAAGCUGGAGUAACAAAAUCCAGUUCUGACAAGAAAGACAAGAAGGAGAAGCGGAAAGCGCUUGCGGAGAAAGCCUUGAAUGAGAUCGAGGGAAAAAAGUCAAAGAAAUCAGUCAAGCAAGAGGAUGAAGUGAGUGAGGAUGAGGACGGCGAUGUCGAGAUCAAAGACGCAGGAUCAGAGGCUUCGUCAGACGACGAGAAGACAGCGGUCAAAUCAGAGAAAGUCCCUUCAGCCAGACCUGUAGGGGCUUUGGUCCCCUUUGCCAACCCACUGGCUGACGACAAAGUGGCCAAGAAGGUGUUUAAGAGUGUGAAGAAAGCUGCGGCACAACGUACGCUCAAGCGAGGAGUCAAGGAAGUUGUCAAAGCCCUUCGGAAAUCACCUAACGGUAGCCUCUCGGACCCUCUCCCUAUCGGAGUUGUCAUCCUCGCGGCAGAUAUCUCUCCCAUGGAUGUCAUCAGCCACAUCCCAGUGCUGGCGGAGGACCACGCCAUUCCCUACAUCUAUGUCACUUCCCGAGCAGAACUUGGCACUGCAGGUCAGACCAAACGCCCAACGUCAGUGGUGAUGGUCAGCCGUGACCAGGGCAAGAAGAAGGAUUCCAAAACUGGAGACGCUGAUGUCAAGGACGACGGAGAGAGCUGGGAAGAGGUCUACAAGAGCCUUGUCAAGGUGGUGCAAAGAGAAGGUAGUCAUGUGCGGAUAUGAGCUUGCAGUCUUACGGUGUGCAGCGAUGAUGAGAGACUACGGUAACUCGAGGCGCGAAUGCUGCUACCAACGGCAAGUCGAGUCGGGUCUUCGUGACGUGCUGGUGUCGAUGACUUCUCGUGGACAUUGAAUUCGCACCUCUUGAUUGCGGGAUUGUGUAUGCAAAAAAUGAAUCAAAGGAUGGGAGACUACCGUUGAUCAGAAGAGCGGCCCGGCCGACUGGCAUAUGGGGUGAGAGAGCUGCCUGAGGAAUUCUAGCAGCGGGGAUUGACCUUUACCUGGAGUAUAGGAGUCUGGGGGAAAAGGUUCCGGUGGAAUGUCUCUUUCAGAUGUUAUCUGUCGAGAAAAGACGAACCUGGGUACCUAGAUACACGGUCUCCUGCUAUGAGACUACAGAUGUUUCUAAGCCUUAUCAAGGCUGCUGCAAGACAUGUGCCAGCUAGCCUAGGUGCAUUUACAGUACUUAGUACUAUAGAUGCAAGUAUCUUGGGUGUCUAGGCCUUUGCUCGAAUGGACCCCGAUCACACACAAAUGAGAGAUCUGCGUGCCUGUCCGAUGUUCAC